AUGAGUAAUGAUUGUAGAACAAGUAAAAAAGAAUUAGAAAGAAUAAGUGAGAGAGGAAUAGAAAAAGUAAAAUACAGUUAGUUUACCAAGUUUGAUUUUAGUUAUGAAAUGUAUUAAAUUAUGGUUUUUAUUUGAAUAGAGUAAUUAAGGAAAAGACAGACUAAUAAUAAAAUAGAGAAUUGUAUAAAUAAAAUGAUUGAAAAUAUAGAAAAUAAGUGUUUUUAGUGAAUUAAUAUUAUAAAGAAUAUAAUAAAAUGUUUUGGUCUAAGAGACCCGAAACUUUCAAUUCUCCUCGUUAAUUCUAAGGGAAUUUUAAAUCUGAAAGAAAUCUAUAAGAAUUAGAGGAAUUUCCAUCAAAUUUUAUAAAGACAUCAAGGUAAGUAAUAAUGUGAAGUGUAGAUAUAAUGUGGUAACUUUUCUACCGAAAUCGUUACUUUUGUAGUUUACUCGAUAUGCUAACAUCUACUUUUUGUGCAUAGCAAUAAUUUAAUGUAUUCCAGUUCUAUCAACACUUAAUCCUUUUAGUGCAAUAGCUCCAUUAGUAUUUGUAUUAGGUUUAUCAAUGGCACGUGAAGGUACAAAGAAAUACAUAAAAUAUUAGGUUGGGAAGACUAUGGUAGACAUGUAUCAGACAAUGAAGUUAAUUCAACAGAAUGUGUAAUUCUAAAAUCAAGAGUAGCGACAAUGUAAUGAUAUAUUAAAAUAGUUAUAGUUCAACAUGGGCAGAAUUAUCUGUUGGUGAUUAUAUAUUAGUAAAACAAAAUGAAAGUUUUCCUGCUGAUUUAAUAGUGCUUUCGAGUUCAAUUGAAAGUGGAGCUUGUUAUAUUGAAACAUCUUCAUUAGAUGGUGAAAAAAAUUUAAAACCAAAAAGUGCAAUUUUAGAGAGUCAAUAGAUUUAUUGUAAUAAGGAAAGUUAUAGCGAAGAGGCUAUACGUGUAGAAGCAUAGGUUCCUACAUAAAAUCUUUAUGAAUUGGAUGCUUCUUUAUUUUUGCCUAUUGGUAAUGGACACAAAAAGUUUUAGUUAACUGCUAAAUAGUUAUUAUUAAGAGGUGCAUUCCUCAGAAAUACUGAAUGGAUUAUAGGCCUUGUUGUUUAUACAGGAUAAGAUACUAAAAUUAUGAGGAAUGCUGAUGCAUCUAGAGUGAAGUCAAGUGAAAUUGAAAGAAUUAUGAAUAUUCUUAUUUUAGGAAUUUUAGUAGUCCAAAUUACAUUAUCAAUAAUAACAGCUUCAUUUUCAUCAGCUUGGUUACAUCGUUAUGGAACUAAUAGUUGGUAUUUAGAAUUUAAUGAUUCACCAAAUUUGCUUAGUUUUUAUGCGUUUUUCAGUUAUAUUUUAUUAUAUAAUACAAUGAUUCCUAUAUCAUUGAUAGUUAGUUUGGAGUUUGUAAAAGUGUUUUAAGCUUAUUUUAUUGAAUAAGAUGAAGAGAUGUAUGUUGCUUAGAGAAACAAAUAUGCAAAAGUGUAAACUACAACCAUUAAUGAAGAAUUAGGAUAGGUGGAAUAUAUUUUCUCUGACAAAACUGGAACUUUGACUUGUAAUUAGAUGGAAUUCAAGUAUUGUAUAAUAGGAAACAUUCUAUAUGGGAAAGAGCAAUAAAAAACAAAUAAUCCAGUAUUAAAUGUAGAUUUAAAAGACAGCAAACCGCUAUAGUACAUCCGGCUAGUGAAGAAGCAUUCCAACAUUCAGUGUUCAAUUUCCAAGAUGCUGAACUAAGUGCCAUAUUAAAAGGUGAAGGAUCCACAGGUGAUAUGCCAGUAAAUCUUCAUAUUGAAUCCUAAGAUGGUAAAUAAUAAGUGAAACUUUCUAAUCAAAGAAAUUUAAUAGAAGAAUACUUUUUCCUAUUGUCUUCAGCACAUGAAUGCAUUAUCUAAUAUGAUAAGAAUUAGAAUGCCACUUAUUAAGGUCCAUCUCCAGAUGAAAUCACAUUAGUUGAUGCUGCUGCUAGAUUAGGAUUUUAAUUCACUGGAGCAUCUGCAAGUGAAUAAAGUUUUAAAAUUCUUGGGAGAGAAAAGAAAGUAAAAUUAUUAAAGGCUUUUGAAUUUGAUUCUACUAGAAAGAGAAUGAGUGUUAUCAUUAACGAUAAUGGAAUCAUUAAAUUAUUUAUCAAAGGUGCAGACAAUAUUAUUAAAGAAAGACUUUUACCUAAUUAACCAUUUUUAAAUGAAAUUAUUAAUUAUUUAGAUGACUUCAGUAAAAUUGGAUUGAGAUGUCUACUAAUGGCUACAAGAGUAUUAUCUAAUGAAGAAUAUAAAGAUUUUGAUUAUGCUUAUAAUAAUUUACCAGAUAAUGAUAAGAGAGCAGAAGAAUUAGGUAGAUAUUUCUUAUAUUAUUUUAAUAGAAAAAAUAACAAGUAAUUUAGAAAACUAAUUAACUUUAUUGGGAGCUUCCGCUGUCGAAGAUAAAUUAUAACCUUUAGUCCCAGAAACUAUUGCUGAUUUAUUAAAAGCCAAUAUCAAAGUUUGGAUGUUGACAGGUGAUAAAUUAGAAACUGCUGAAAAUAUAGCUAAAAGUUGUAGAUUGAUUUAAGGAGAUUUUACAGUUAUGAGAUUAUCAGUUCCUAAUGUUGAUGAAUGUAAAAAGAAAUUAGGAGAUAUUCAAGACACUUAUGAUCUUUGUAUAAAAGAAAAUAGAAAAAAAGUAUUUUUUAUUUAUCAUUAUAGUCAAUAGUAGUUGAAGGAUCUUCAUUAUAAUUUGUUAUUGAUAAUGAAGAUUUAGCAUAAGCUUUUGUAAGUAUGGCAAAGGAUUGUGAAAGUAUUGUAUGUUGUAGAGUUACUCCUAAACAAAAGGCUGAUGUUGUUAGAUUAAUUAAAGAUAGAUUAAAUAAAGUUACUUUAGCUAUUGGAGAUGGAGCAAAUGAUGUUAAUAUGAUUUAAGCUGCUCACAUUGGAAUUGGACUCUAUGGAAAUGAAGGAAUGAGAGCUGUUUAAAGUAGUGAUUUUGCUUUGGGAGAAUUUAGAUGUUUGUGGAGAUUAUUACUUGUUCAUGGACAUUGGAAUUAUAUUAGAAUUGCAGAGAUGGUCUUGUAUUUCUUUUAUAAAAAUAUGAUUUUCACUGUGCCUUAAUUCUUUUUUUCAUAUUUUUGUGCCUUUUCAGGAUAAUCAUACUUUGAUGAUUGGUAUAUCACUUUUUAUAAUCUUAUCUUUACAGCAUUACCACUUAUUAUGAGAGGUACUUUUGAUUAAGAUAUAAAUUAUCGAUAAUACUGUUAAUAUGAUUCAAAGGAAGAAGUGGCUAAUUUGUAGAAGAAAUAAGAAUAAUAUUUAAAAGUAAAAUUUCCUAGUCUUUAUUAUGUUGGGUAAAAUAAGACUAUUUUCACAAUUCCAAAUUAUUUAUUAUGGGCUUUUAAUGGUUUAGUCCAUGGAAUGAUUAUUUUUUUCUUUGUACUUUGGAUUAUGGAUUAUGAAAUCAUUUAAAAUUCAGGGGAAUCAAGUGGAUUGGCACCAUUUUCAUUGACAGUUUAUUCCUGUAUUAUUUUAGUAUUUAUUAUUAUAAAAUUUUAGAUAGCUGAUCUUAAAAUAGCAAUACAUACAAAAUUUUGGACUUGGUUUAAUUUUAUUAGUAUCUCCUUUUUAUCUAUUUUGCUUUACAUUUUAUAUGUUAUCAUAUCUCAUUUUUGGCCUGGUACUUUAAUGGAAUAUACGCCAUUUACAAUGGUUGGUUCACCUCACUUUUGGUUAAGUAUAAUACUAAUAGGAGCAAUUAUAGGUGGAUUAGAAGCUAUUUAGGCAGAAAUUAUUAGAGAGUUUUUUACUGAUCCAGCUUCUGAAAUGUUAAAUAAAGUUAAAGUUUUUGAACAUAAUCUUAAUAAAUGGGUAGAACAUUAGGAGAAAAUAGCAAGAUAAGAUUCUUUUUGGGCUGGUAUUUAUAAAUAAAAAGAAGUUGAAGAAUAAGAGCUAGUAAGAUUUAGUGGAUCAUAAUAAUGA